CGGGCGGCGGCGGCCGGAGCCAAUGGGCCGGGGCGGGCCGGGCCGCCAUGGGCCGCGGCAGCGCCGUCCAGCCGCGGGGCCGGUAGCGGCAGCGGCAGCGCAGCCUUCCGCCCCCUUCUCCUCUACCUCAGCGGCGGCCGCCGCCGCCUCACUCCGCGGUCCCGCGCAGCCGCCGCGCAGGGCCCGGCGGCGGGGCUGGCCCGGCGCGGCUCCGUGAGGCGCGGCCGCGCCUUCCCCGCGCCGGCAGGCCCCGCGCGGCGCCAGUGAGCGGCCGGCGGGGCGUGCGCGCCCCUCCCUUCAGCCCUCUCCCUCCCUCCCGCGCUCCUUCGCCUCCCUCUCUCCGCCCGCCGUGAGGGCGGGAGGGAAGCGGCAGCCCCGAGCGGGAGGCGAGGGAGGCGGCGCGCCGGGAGCCAUGCGGGAGUACAAGGUGGUGGUGCUGGGCUCGGGCGGCGUGGGCAAGUCCGCCCUCACCGUCCAGUUCGUGACCGGCUCCUUCAUCGAGAAGUAUGACCCCACCAUCGAGGACUUCUACCGCAAGGAGAUCGAAGUGGACUCCUCGCCGUCGGUGCUGGAGAUCCUGGACACGGCGGGCACCGAGCAGUUCGCCUCCAUGCGGGACCUCUACAUCAAGAACGGGCAGGGCUUCAUCCUGGUCUACAGCCUGGUGAACCAGCAGAGCUUCCAGGACAUCAAGCCCAUGCGGGACCAGAUCAUCCGGGUGAAGAGGUACGAGAGGGUGCCCAUGAUCCUGGUGGGCAACAAGGUGGACCUGGAGGGCGAGCGGGAGGUCUCCUUCGGGGAGGGCAAAGCCCUGGCGGAGGAGUGGAGCUGCCCCUUCAUGGAGACCUCGGCCAAAAACAAAGCCUCGGUGGACGAGCUCUUCGCGGAGAUCGUCAGGCAGAUGAACUACGCCUCGCAGCCCAACGGGGACGAGCAGUGCUGCUCCUCCUGCGCCAUCCUCUGAGGGCGGCGGCGGCCGGGCUGGCUGCGGGGAACGGCGGCGGGAGGAGGCGGCUCCGCGCCCCGGCCGGCAGCGGGGCGGGCGCGCCGGCCUCGGCGGCCGCCAGCGACAAACACAGACAAACAGAAAAACAGGGGAAAAAAAAAGAAAAACCGUGUUGGAAAUGUGGCUUUUUUCGGCAUGUACGUUUCGUCCAGUCUUGGUCGUUGCAUAUUUCCUGUCAGUGUCUGCAACGGGCAGCUGCCCUGCGCCGGCUGCGCGCCGGGGGAGAGAGCGGCCCCUGCCCGCCGGGACAGCGGAGCGCAGGGGAGCCGCCCGCCACCGGGCCAGGAGCCGCCACCGGGCCAGGAGCCGCCACCGGGCCAGGAGCCGCCACCGGGCCGAGCCCGGCCGGCCACGCGUGGAGCUCCCGCCGCCGGGCCCCGGGAUCUCUAUGCAAAGUCGGGUGGUUUGUGCCGGGGCGUCCAGCCUGGAGAAUUGCACAUCUGAACUGGGACUUUUAACUUAAAACACUGAUGCCAAUACAGUGUGGGGUGCCAGAAAGUGUCUGCUGAUGAUUCGUGAAAUAAUUUUCUAUUUUGUUUACCUGCUGUAUCGGAUGGGAGUUUGCAGGAGAGUGGUAGCGUGUUGUUUUUUCUUGUUUUGUUUUCAAAUCAGCUGUGAAAAUGUUACAAACCUGCACAAUUUUUAGGUGUGCGUGUGUGUGUGAUUUCGUUUUUAUUUCCGUUUUCCUUGGGCGGGUGGGAGCCGUGGUGUUCGAGGGUGUUUCUUUUGGGCUGGCAGUACCUGAUUUUGAUGACUAGCUCUCUGAGUGCAAAGACUUCCUCCGUGUGGUGCAGGGCCGACAGCAGCCCUGUGUCUGUAGAGUGCCUUCAAAACUCAGCUGUUCCAGCCGGUGCCAACCUGUGAAAGCUCCACAGAAUCCCAUUAUCUACUACUCCAAAACUACUUAACAGUUUCCUUGCGGUAAUCGCACCGAACAAGCCAGGACAAAAGGGCCUAUUGUUAGUGGAAUUUAUUUCUUAUUUCCAUCUGAGCCUUUUAACUGUAAUUUCCGUGUCUCGCAAGUUCUGGCUUCAUUUACUUCAAAUUUACAAGAAUUUAGCCUUCUGGGAUUUUGAGGGGGGAUGGGCUUUUCUUUUUUUCCCUUAGGUUUUGUUGUGGGAUGUACCUCCAGCCAGCAAAGAAGGAAAUCCUAUUGUUGUGAUGUACCAAGAAAAUUCUAACUGUCAUUUUGAUUCCAGACGUGCAUUUAAGAGAUGUCUAUCCAUUUUAAGAAUUUUAAUACAAAUGCUGUUUUUUAGAAAAGAACUUUGUGCGCUUUUAUGUAUUACAUGAAACACUGACUUUCACAUAGGCUCUUAAUCCUGAUUUAUAUCUCAAUGGAAGUGCAAGGUGGGGGUGGCUUGAUUUAACCAGGGACAGUGUUAAGGAAAAAAAAGGAAGACAAACCAAAAGAUUGGCAUUUUAUCUAAUAUUUAGUAAUUUUAAUACAGUUUUUCAUUUGUGUUUAGGUCCUGCCCCUGUGUGAUGCCAGCAUUGAGCAGAACGCUGUGUUCAGUAGGCAGCUGUAGGAAGGCAAAGGCUGUAACGCAAAGGGCCUUGUAAGGUAAAGCCCUGGUUCCUUACUGGGAACAGUAUGGGUUAUUGGGGCAAAGUUCUAAAGGUCGUUAUUUAUAAAAUGUCAGCUUUUAAUCUCAUUGCAUUAUAACACUUUAAAAUGAUGUGUCAGACCGUCAUUUUGUUCCUGGUUUGCAGAAGAACUGGGGUGGGAGAAUGUACCUGUUGUCAUUUGGAAGAUCAAGGGGCUUUGUUUGGCUGCAUUACCUCCCUCUCAGCCCCUUCUGUAAAGGUUAGCACACAAAACAUGCAACUGUGGGGUUUGAUUUUUGUGAGGGUGUUUUGAUUGUUUUUUUUCCCCUGGUCCCAAAAAGACUUGAAAUGAUUUUACCACAUGAAAGCAAAGGUUGAGCAAUGAUGUGUGAAGGGGGUUUUAAUCAGGCCAACUGCAAACUGGCUGCCGUGAUUCCUACCGUGAAUCUGAUCAUUUCUUCUGUUCUAGGUAGGAAAACUUCCUGCUUCAGCACUGAAAGAAGCAUUGGUUUAAUUCUAGGUGUUGAAAUCCCAGUGAUUGAAACUAAAAUUACAAUCCUGUGGUUGAGUUGCAAAUUGGAUACUUAUUUGUAGCAACACCUGGGAUCUACUGAAAAUGUUGAAAAGAUGAUAGGCGUAGUUAUUCUCCUGAGCUCACAUGUAUCCUCCAAAACAGCAAGGAGCUGUUGUGAUACAAUCAGCUGGGUUGUAUCAGUCUGACUGAUACAAUCACAGUUAAAAACAAAGAGCUGGAAAAGGCAAAUGCUGCUGACGGUCCCUCACGUUCUGCUUGGGGCCUUCAUGUAACAGACAAACUGAUCCGGCCCCCCCAUUUUGAAGUGAAAACUGAAAACCUCUUUGCAGCUUGUCUUUCAGAAAUUUCUAAAACUGAACUAGAAGGCAGCUCCUCGAGGAUUUCAGUGUCAGAAGGGCAGGGGAGUAAUGCUUAUUAAUAAUUUAACAUCAUUAGGAAAGCUCGACUGCCACCAUGUCUGCAGUUUAAAAAACUUUGUGUCUCACAUUUAAAAAGAAAAUGCCAUAAAUUUACAUCUCAGCUAUUGCCAUGGUUCAGUUUUGCCUUAAAUUCAAUGGGAUCCUGCAGUUUUUGGCACCCAACAGGCCUUGUUCUAGAACAAGGUGUAUUGAGACCAGCCUGCUCCACGCAGUAAGAACAGGCAUUUCUGCUGUUCCCCCAACAGACAGCAGACUCCUCGUGUGUUCUAGUGCCUCCUGUUUCCCUGCGGCCUGUGCUGUGCUUGAGGAAUGGUGUAAAAUGGGUGCUUGAAGCGCACGGCGGCACAUGAAGUCCAGCUAAUCUCAGCCUAGCAGAGCAGCUCAAGGCAGGCCUAGGAAGUUCUGGAUUAUGCUGGGAUUUUUGUAGAUACGCUCUCGUUCUUGCCAAAAAGGUGUGUUUGUUAAGCAGUGAAGGAUUUAAGAAACCAUGGCAUGGGUCUAACCAGCGUUUUGAAUGUAUUUAGGUGUUCAAUGUUCUCUAUGACUUGGUGAGGACAGUACAAAAGUAGAGCUCAGUUGUCUGAUCUUCCAAAUACUCUGAAGUGUUUUGGUGCUUGUUAAACAUAGGCCUUGUCUAUAGAGUAGAAACAAGUCAUACUGCUUUAACUUGACUGUAUAAGGAAAGCUAUAUUAGCUUCUACACUGAGGAGAAUCUUGUAUCAAUAUAAAGGUACUCUUUUAUUCCUUUUCCCUGUGGGAAUAUGUUAUACCCAUGUCAAUACAAAGGUGGUAUAUAGGUCUUUUCACAGUGAGAAUUGCAAAUAUUGAAAUGAUUUGGAAGAAAAAUGACAUUCCCAGCCAAAAUACUUCCUGACAGUACAGAAAUUGUGUAAACAAGGCCUUAGUUUAAGGCUGAUCUUAUGGCCACAUAUUUUGCUGUACAUAAUGAUUGUAUUUUUAAAAAUCCAAGCUUGUUCUAUUGCAGGAAAGCAUGUCUUUGCAAUCCUAGUCUCCGUGACUGUAACCGUGCAGUAUUCUCCACCUCGUUUUCAAUACAGUGUGGUUCUCAACACGA